UUCAGUUCUCUGUAACAUGUCGUGUCCACUCUACUUUGUGUCCGUCCGUAGCUGUAAUGCGCAGUACAGUAUGAUUCCAUCCCGAAUUCCCAGAAGAGGUUGGUACCCUCCGUACGGUGAGGACCACAAACGAGGCUCUAGAAAUAAAGUGAACGUGGAAGGAGGGACCCAUAAGCAGGUGGUGGAUUUAAUAAAGUCUGGUGGUGACACACUCACACUUACAGUGAUAUCAGUUCCUGAGCAGGUAGCUGAGCGACUGGAACCCAGUGACGACUCGUCAGGCCCCUCCUAUAUCGACUACUCAGAGCGACGCUCCCUCCCUAUAUCUAUACCAGACUAUCAGACAGUGGAAGCCAAUGGAGACAAGUUUGUGGUGUUCAACAUUUAUAUGGCUGGUAGACAUUUGUGUUCAAGGAGAUACAGAGAAUUUGAUACGCUACAUACACGAAUAAAACGCGAGUUUACAGAUUUCAAUUUUCCUAAAAUGCCAGGCAAGAAACUAUUCCAGCUUUCAGAACAACAGUUAGAUGCUAGGCGGCGUGGGCUAGAGCAAUAUUUAGAAAAAGUUUGUGCAGUACGUGUGAUAGGGGAGAGCGACAUUAUGCAAGAAUUCCUCGCUUCACCAGAAAUGGAUUCUGAGACACCGAGUUCGGAGGUAGAACUGAAGGUGUUACUACCAGACAGGAGUGUGUGUGUGGUCACUAUCCGACGUAACGAUACAGCUGACCAGGUGCAUGAGGCUGUGGUGGUGAAACUAAACAUGUCUGAAGCUGCUGCUCAAUGCUUUUAUCUAUUUGAAACCGUUGAAUAUAAUUUUGAGAGGAAGCUACAACCUCUAGAGUUCCCUCACAACAUUUAUAUCCAGAAUUACAGUACGGCCACAGCCACCUGUAUCACGAUGAGGAAGUGGCUCUUCACACUCACGCGGGAGACCAUGCUCAACUCGGACGAAUUGGCCGUCAACUUCUUCUUCUGGGAGGCUGUGGACAGUGUAAAUAGAGGGCAAAUUAAGACAGAAGACAAACUGUACGAGUUAAAAUCUCUACAAGAUUCUGGCAAAAGAAUAGAAUACCUGAAGACUGUCCGACAUUUAGACGGCUAUGGUGAGGUGGCUUUCCCUCACUGUGCAUGUGACUCGCGCAAGGAUGGUCAUGUGAUAUGCAUAAUCGGAAGUGAAUGUUUCAAAUUGCAGGCGUGUAAAAAUGAUGGCACACCAGAGUCCCAGGUGAUAGAGUUCCAGUGGAAGGAUGUAAAGAGCUACGAGAUGGAGGAGGAGGGCAUGGUUUUUAGCUUCGAAUACGAUCGGCCAGGCAAAAAGUCACGCAUCGUACAAAUACUUACACCAUAUUAUGUAUAUAUGAAGGAUUGUUUUGAUAAGAUAUAUGAAGAGAGGGAAUGGGAGAAAGAGGAGGCGAUGUCUGCUAUAUAGGCUGUAUCAGCUGGUUUACCUGUGAUUAAGAGUGAAAUAUUAACCGGUUAUGGAAGUGAUGAAAGAGAGAUAAGCUGUGUAUAUUGUGGACGGACCAAAGGUGUUCCCGAGACUUGUGAACAAGGUGACGGACCAAAGGUGUUCCCGAGACUUGUGAACGAGGUGACGGACCAAAGGUGUUCCCGAGACUUGUGAACGAGGUGACGGACCAAAGGUGUUCCCGAGACUUAUGUGAACAAGGUGACGGACCUAUAGGGUGGAUAGACUGCCCUUCCCUGACCAAACCUCUUAGUUAGGGGCCACCGCAUUAAGUGGACAACUUGCCAAUGAACUAACCAAGUCAAACCAGUCUUCUAACCUGUGGUCAGUUCCUAGAUAAGUAAGGUCGCAGGCCUACCAAUCAAAACGAUUCUUCCAUUUGCUGCGAACCUGCACUGUGGCAUGAGCACAAAUCAGAAGUAUUAUUGUGAAGUGCAGAUUUGUUUGAACUGGUGCUGAAGUCUUAGAGAUGUUUUACAGAAACGAGAGAAUAUGAGUGCUAUGUAGGGACCUUUGUACCUAGAGUUCAUCGAAUGCUACAUAUGACCUCUGUAGAAGUCACAGACUGAGGCACUGUGGGAAAUGUUACAGCAUUAUUGUGUACAAGGUGUUCUCAUGUUAAAUGUAUUGUACUUAAUAGCAGGACAGAGUUAAGAUAAGCCUUUUAUUUAAUUUGAGGAAAAACAAGGUUUUCAGACAUUUCAGUUUGUACAACACAUUUUUGAUUUCUCUAUUUUCUAUCAGACUUGAUAGUCAUUAAGAACAAAUACAUAAGAACAAUUCACAUUGCCAAGUCAAUUUGGUGAUGUCAAAUAGUCUCAGAGUUUAGUCGUGAUGAUGGUGAUAUUAUUAUUUGUUUUAUUUUAAACAGAUUAUAGUUUUAAUCUAUAUCUGUUUGACCCAUACUUACCACUGAUUGUAAGCCCUACUGUUAAUUAUCGUACAUUUUCUAACUUACUGUAUUUCUGUCUUAGUUUCCAUUCAAAUUGUUUUAUUCCAGUGGUUAAAUUCAUAAAUUCAUAAAGUAAAGAUUGACAUUUGUGCAUAAUUAAGUAUUUCUAGGCAAUAUAUCUUUGGGUAACUUUUUUAGCUGGUAUAACAUGCUCCUUCACUUGCCAAAUUCAUUGUAAAAAUUCCACCCAAGUUUAUCCACCUCCAUCAUGUCUAUCUCAACACUGCAAUCCUUUUGAUAAUACCUGUUAUGUCUAGUCAGUGCUCACCACCAGGUUCAUAUCACCAUAUUGUCUCAGAUCAUCAACCACGAUAAACAAGGUUAGUAGUCCUGGCCUAAUAUUGUAAGUUACAGGGCAUCCUCUACUACAAUCAAACAAUUUUUACCUUAUUGUAUUAAAAGACAAAACAAAAGACAUUUGGUUUUCAUUUUGAUAUCAGGGUUUAUUCAGAAUCCGGAAAGCAUCAUGGGAAGUGUGUUUCAAAAUAAGAAUAAAUGUCUGCCAUGUUUUGUCAACAGAGCUGUUUAAUUGAUGAAUAACAUUAGUUUUAUGAUUACAUUUACGGUAGAUACUUAACACAAUUUGAAAAUAAAAAUAUCCUCAAGACUGAUUCUGAUGUACAAUUGAUAAUUUUAAACUGAACAGGAUGUAAAUUUUGAACUAGUUCAAAUAGAGUAGUUUUAAAGACACUGGAAUUUUCAAUAUCGUCCUUUCAGUUUUUUUGAAUGAUAAAUCUAUGAAAAUUAUGAAAAUUUCUCUUCCUGAAAGUAAAGGAUCUGAACUUUCAUCAUGAAAAUUUAUUGAUCCCAUUGAAAUUUGUUUGAGGAUUGACUAACAUCUGUAUAUUUACCCAGGAGCUGAUAUUAUCGUCGCAAUCCUUUGUUCAUACAUAUUACCUGUAGUUAGAGACUCUGGUAGUGGUCUCGCCUGUUUCACUUGUAUCUGAGACUCUGGUAGUGGUCUCGCCUGUUUCACUUGUAUCUGGGACUCUGGUCGUGGUCUCGCCUGUUUCACUUGUAUCUGAGACUCUGGUAGUGGUCUCGCCUGUUUCACUUGUAUCUGGGCCAGUAGGUAACAAAGACUAAGAGCAGCAUCUUGAACAGUGUUAACGAGAAUUAUAUCAACUUGCUCCGUAACGAGGGUGAAUUUAUCGUUACAGCAAACGUUUGUUAACACCAUAGUAUACAUAGUAAUUAAAUGUGAUGUGUCAAAUUUACGCUGGGCAAUAAUUGUGUUUAUGGGUAGAAGGGCGAAAGUUUGACUGGGGCGAAAUAUACCGAUAUUUCUUCCCUAAAAAUGUCCUUUGUGAUAUUUUACUGCACUUUUAAAAUAAUAACGAAAUAAUAGUUUUUGUUUACAAAAGAGUAAUGCACUUUGGAUUGAAUAUUAAUUAACUUUGUUCUCUUAUAAGAUGGCACAUUCUUUUAAUAUUUAUUUGAUUCUCACAAUAAACAAAUAUGGAAUGUUCCUACCUAAGUUUUGCGACCCAGCAUUGUCCUGACAAGCAUGCGAUUCGUAAAACAUCUGACAAUGUUGUUUGAUUACUGUAACAUACUAUUUUUUAAUUGUAUCAAUUACUCCAAUAUACAGAAAUGUGAAAUAGGAUUAUAAUAUUGUGUAUGAACAUAUCCUCUGCAGUCUGUAUUGCGUACUGACUAAUCUGGUUUCUCUGUUUUUGCAAUCGUGAAGGAAACACCCAAUCUAUUUUUACAAGUAGUGCCUCAUUUUUAUUUGU